AUGUCUCCAGUUAUUUCGAGGGGAAGCAAUUCUGAAAAGGACUGCGCUAUCCAGUCAGAUGAUCCGCCGAACCAAUAUUCUUGGCAAUGCCGAAGUCUUGGCACGCGGAAGCCCACAAUCAAGUUGCCCGACAAUCUGCGACUUGAGAUUGACAACUUUUUUGACGACCGUCUACAACACCCAAGUCCCUCCGGCACAACAACAGCAGAGAUGGCGCCACCAACCCAGAAGCCUAAAGGUGGCUCCUCGAAGUCAAAGAAGCCGAGUGCCAAAGCGAACCAGGCCGCCAAAGCCACCCUCAAAGGCGUCCAUACCAACAAAGCCCGCAAAGUUCGCACAUCCACCACCUUCCACAGACCCAAGACGCUCGUUCUCUCCCGGUCCCCCAAAUACCCGCGCAAGUCUAUUCCCCAUGAGACGAGGCUCGACCAUCACAAGGUUCUCGUCCACCCGCUCAACACCGAGAGCGCGAUGAAGAAGAUCGAAGAGCACAACACCUUGGUAUUCAUCGUGGACACCAAGGCCAACAAGCGCCAGAUCAAGGAAGCCCUGAAGAAGCUGUACGACGUCGAAACCGUCAAGAUCAACACUCUGAUCAGACCAGAUGGGACCAAGAAGGCAUUUGCGAGAUUAACGUCGGAUGUGGAUGCGCUUGACAUUGCCGCUACGAAGUUGUCGAUUGUGUAA